AUGAGCACAGUUGGACACAGACCUGGAGCUUUUAGCCAUGUGAAUAAGAAACAUAAGACGGGCCGCCAUCGUAGUAAGGGUUCAAUCAACAAUGCGCUAAGAGGUAAAGUUGACAAAGUUUUCAUAUCGUAUUAUCUCUUUGUUAGAAGGCUUACGUAUGAUGUGCAUUUAUAUUUACCGGAAAUCGCUUUAUUGAACUUAAACGAGAUCAUUUUGCAUUUCUCGGUUGUGUCGGUGUUCAGGUGUCCACGAUUCAAAAGGCAUUACCAGUUUAUUACACCUAAUUUGUCACGGCUUAAUGAGGUCCUUUCUGUGUCUGCUUCUUCCGAUGUUAUGGCGUUUCUUUGGCCGCUAAGCGGUGAAAUCUCAGAGGAGUUAAGUACUAUCUUAAAUGUUGUUUCACACUACGGUUUGCCUACGACGUUACAUUUUCUUCCUGGCCUUAACACUUUGAAGAAACCGAAAUUGAAGGAGCAUGCAAGAAACGUUGUCCGAAAACUCAUGAUUAAGUGGAGUUUUGGUGAGAAGUUAAUGGCAUGCGAUAAUAACACUGAUGGCUUGUCAGUCUUGAGGAUAUUGUCAGAAAUUAAGAAGAAGCCUACUAUUUUGCAGAAGAGACACUCUUAUCUAAUUUGUGAAAAAUCGGAAACUUUGGAUGUCACGGCGGAUGGGUUUUGUACCUUAAAGUUGACGGGCUACGCGAGGGGUCCACCGCUGAAUGUGAACCAUCUAAUUCAUAUUCAAGGUUACGGAGACUACCAGUUAAAGGAAGUAAAAGUCGAAGAUGACCCACUUAGAAUGAAAAAAAAGAUGGUUGUUAUAUCUGAACAAAACGGUUUAUUUCAUCACUUAACUGCUGUUUUUCCAGUUGAAACUAAUCACUGUAAAAAAAAAGUGCCUGUGGGGACUUCUUCUUAUCAAGCAGCUUGGAUUUUUGAUGACAACGAAGCUGAAGAGGAGUCAAGAGACAGUGAAGAAGAAGCUCAAUCUGUUUCUAUGGAGGAUGUUGAAGAUCUUGGGGUAGACACAUCUCUUGUUGAAAAAUUCAGGCAAGAACGUAUGGAUGCUCAGUUUCCAGAUGAAAUUGACACUCCUUUGGAGACUCCAGCUCGCGUAAGAUUCCAAAGAUAUCGUGGUCUUAAAAGUUUUAGGACUUCUUACUGGAACCCUGCAGAGAAUCUUCCGAUCAGCUAUGCAAGAAUUUUUAAAUUUGCAGAUUAUAGAUGUUCUAGAAAGAACGCCCUUUCAAGCAUUCAUGAUGAAAACGAGUAUACUGUUUCAUCAGGAUCGUAUAUAACUUUAUCGCUAAUGAAUGUACCCCUAGUUGUAGCUGAAAACUUUAUUAGCAAUUCUGGUAUGGUCGUUUACUCUCUGUUACCUCAUGAACAGCGCAUGACCGUAGUGAAUAUGGUUUUGAAUAAAUACCCAAAUUGCGGGAUCCCUAUAGCUAAUAAACAAAAAUUACUUUUUUAUGUUGGUUAUCGCCGAUUUGAGGCUCAACCUAUUUUCUCUCAGCAUACAAAUGGAGAUAAAUUUAAGAUGGAACGUUUUAUGCCAUCCAAGGGAUCUUUUGUGGCUACUGUUUUCGCACCAGUCAUUUUCCCGCCCUCUCCAGUAUUAGCUUUCCACGAAGAUGCUAAAGGGAAGCUUCGUCUAGUUGCUUUUGGAGGUGUUCUAAACUUAAAUCCAGAUAGAAUUGUUUUGAAACGAGUUGUUCUUUCUGGGCAUCCGUUUAGAAUCUAUAGAAGGCAUGCGGUUGUUAGAUAUAUGUUUUUUAAUAGAGAAGAUAUCGAAUGGUUCAAGCCAAUUGAUGUUUAUACUCCUCGUGGAAGACAUGGGAACAUAACAGAGCCGCUUGGUACGCACGGUUACAUGAAGUGUGUUUUUGACCAGCAGCUAAACGCAAUGGACUCGGUUAUGUUAAAUCUUUAUAAAAGGGUAUUUCCCAAGUGGACUUACAAUCCGGAAGUUGCUGACAAAUUGUAUUCCAAAAAAAAUUCAGCUUGA